AUGACUAUAUCCUCAAGAGAACGUCGAUGUGCUCGUCUUCUCACUCAAGCAGAUGCCAUUUCAUAUUUCGAGAAAUACAAAAGAGUUCGGACCACUGAUAUGAAAGUUCAACAAUGUCAAUCGGUAGCAUUCAACUGUGACGGAACAAAACUUGUGUGUGGAGCGUUCGACAAAAAAGUCAGUGUAGCGAACGUAGACGGAGGACGAUUGAGGUUCUCAUGGGUCGGAUCUAGUCAUACAUCUUCUGUUGAGCAGGUAGCAUGCAGUGAAAAACAACCAAACAUGUUUGCAUCGGCAAGUGCUGAUCGUAAUAUCUGUGUUUGGGAUAUCAGACAGAGUAAACCAACACAUCGGAUUUCGAACAAAGUCGGAAACUUCUUUAUCUCUUGGUCGCCUUGUGAUCAAUACUUCAUAUUUCUGGACAAAGAUAAUCGGGUCAAUACAGUCGAUAUCAGAAGCUAUCAAGUAGUUAACACACACGACAUGAAAACAUUCUCCCACGAACUCACAUUCCAUCCUUUAUCCAACCAUGUUUUUGUCGCUGAAUCAGGGGGAAAAGUGGAGAUUUUGAAGUUCACUGGCGGUGCUCUCGAACCAGUCACCACAAUUCAAGCUCAUUCUCAUCAAGUCGAUUGCUUGGCUCUUUCAAUUUCAAAAGACGGACAGAAACUGGCAGUCGGAGCAUCUGAUGCAUCUUGUUCACUCUGGGAUCUUGAUGAACUGAUCUGUGAGAAGGUUAUUCCAAGACAUGACUACGGUAUACGAACAGUUUCCUUCUCAUGCAAUGGGCAACUUCUUGCUUCUGGAUCCGAAGAUCACUCGAUCGAUAUCGCCUAUGUUCCAGAUGGAUCUAGAUGUUACGAGAUCAAGCAUACCGGUGAAACGUAUUCAGUUGCCUGGCAUCCGACUUCUCUUCUUCUUGCUUACACUGCAUCAGAUGGUAUGGACGGCAGAGAGUCAACGCUUGUAAAAACUUUUGGUCACAGUACUGUGUGA